ACUAACAUAUUUGCAUUUAUAUCAGGGACUUACUCAGAAGCUUUAUCAAAACUCGAAAAAUUGAAACAUGAAGAUUAUACUUGCACCACAGAUAUAGAACAAACGGAUAUAGAAAAUGAAACCGAAAAUGUUCAAAUUGCAAAAAAACGUGAAAUACCUCCAAUAUAUGACAUGAAAGGCAACUUAUCCAUACGGAGAAAUUCUUCAUCUACUGACUCAUCAAGUGAAAAUGAGGUAGAAGAAUCUGAUGAGAGUGAUGAGUCAAUUAAUAAAGAAUACGAAAAAUCAACUCACUCAGUGAAACAACAGAAAAUAAAUGAAAAGUCUCAAGGUACAAUUAAUGCAUUCAUUAUUUACAUAUGAAGAAAAAUUAUGUAUAUGUACACACACACACACACA